AUGAAAAGUAAAGAUCUACAAAACGUUGUACUUUCAAAGUACGAAAAAGGUGAAGGCCCAACGAAAAUAUUUCGUGACCUUAAUGGUACACUGUGCCUACACACAAUCAAACGGUGGUGCAAAAUGAUUGGACAGAGUGGUUCUAUACAACUGUUGAAGCCACCAGACUACCCACGUAUCGUUCGUACGAAGGGAGCUAGUGAAAAGGUCACACAUUGUUUGCAGCGGAAAAAGCCAAUAUCAACACGAAAAUUGGCGGGUGAUCUAGGUAUUUCGCAAGCAUCUGUGCAGCUAAUGCUCAGAGAGGAUCUAGGCCUUAAAACUUACAAAAAAGUAGUUGAACCGAUGCUCACUGACGAGCAUAAGGGAAAACGAAAUACUUUUGCAAAUUGGGUCCGAACAAAUUUCCGAAAAGAAGAGACAAUGAAUAUUUUCUUUUCUGAUGAGAAAAUGUUCGACAUCGAUGGUGUCUAUAGCAGUCAAAAUGAUCGUGUGUGGGCAGUAGAUCGUGUUGAUGCCGACACGAAAGGUGGCAUCAAGCCGAAACGAAAGUUCCCGCAAAAAGUCAUGGUUUGGUUGGGUGUGUGCUCUAAGGGUGUUACGCCAUUAGUUAUCUUCGACAAUGAUUCGGUAGAUCACGCCCGAUACACUCAAGAAGUGCUUCCAGUGGCACUUGAAUACGGCAACAAGGUGUUAGGAAGCCAAUGA